AGUAGCUCCACAGAUUGGAUAUGUGUGUGUGCGAGUGGAGCGUUUACCUCCAUAGUGUGUUUGUCGCAAACCACUGGACUAUUGAGCGAUAAGCCAAAAGAAAAGAGAAGAAAAGAAGAAAAAAUCCUCAGGAAGACACCACCCGCGGACUGUAUCUCGAAGAGAUGAAGGGUUGCCUUUCUUUUUAUUUCCACGGUACAGGUUGAAGCAGCCGGCCAGGAAGCGAGCAUUAUGCAUUCAGACUGCAGGCUGCUAUGGGCAGAGCGGUAAUGGUGGGCAGGGGACCGACAGGGGCCGGGGUUCUCGUCCUGUCGAUACUCAUCAUUCUCACCACGGAGAGCUGUGGAGGGCAGAAAGGUGAUGGCUGUGGCCCCAGUGUACUUGGCCCCGAGAGUGGGACUCUGUCCUCUCUGGGAUACCCAAGGACGUACCCGAACAACACUGUGUGCGAGUGGGAGAUCAGUGUGCCGCAUGACAAGAGGAUCCAUUUUCUCUUUGCUUUAUUGGACAUAGAAGACAGCGACUGCCAGGUCAACUACCUCCGCCUGUACAACGGCAUCGGACCAAACAGGAGCGAGAUUGUGAAGCUCUGCGGGUUGGGUCUGAAGGUUGAACAUCUGAUCAAUUCCACUGGCAACCAGGCCACUGUGCAGUUCAUGAGUGGGACCCACCAUACUGGACGUGGUUUCUAUCUGUCCUACUCCACCACUGAACACGCAGAUCUAAUCACCUGCGUGGACAAGGGAAUGAACUUCACCGAGGCAGAGUACAGGAAGUACUGUCCGGCAGGCUGCUUGACAUCUACAGAGGAGAUUUCUGGAACUAUACCCAAUGGUUAUAGAGAGUCCUCCCCUCUGUGUGUGGCAGCAAUCCAUGCAGGUGUGGUGUCCAAUGCAGCAGGAGGGAAUAUCAGUGUGGUCAACAGCAAAGGCAUCUCUCACUAUGAGGGCACACUGGCUAACAAUGUCACUUCCACUGUAGGAACUCGGUCAGACAGCCUGUUCACCUUCACGACCAACGGCUGCUAUGGAACGCUGGGUUUGGCAUCUGGGGGCGUUGCUGAUACUCAGCUCAGUGCUUCGUCUGUGUUGGACUGGAGCACUCGUGUGUGGGCACCGUCAGGGGCACGGCUCAAAAAGGAGGGACUGCCAUGGGCCCCUUCUCAGAGUGACCAGCAGCAGUGGCUGCAGGUAGAUCUCAAGAAGGAGAAGCGGAUCACAGGAAUCAUCACCACUGGUUCUACCCUCAGCGAGGAAAAGUGCUACGUUUCAGCAUACCGGGUCCUGUAUAGUAACAACGGCAAGCAGUGGUCCGGCUACAAAGAAUCAAAUUCUGUACAAAACAAGAUUUUCCAAGGCAACAACAACUACGGAGACGAGGUGAGGAAUAACUUCAUUCCACCAAUCGUGGCCCGGUUUGUGAGGAUCAAUCCCAUCUCGUGGUACAAGAGAAUUGCACUCAAGUUGGAGCUGCUUGGCUGCCAAGUUCCUUCAGAAAGGCGAACGACAGAUUUGAGGCCAAGGAUGUCCCCUCCCCGUCAUACUCCAGCAGCUGCCGGCACAAAACAUCCACCUCACCUUGGCCAAACAACACCUACCCCGAACAUCAGAAACACCACCAUGCCUCCCCACACUGGUAAAGAUGUGGCUCUGGCAGCAGUCCUGGUUACCGUGUUGGUCAUGGUCGUGACUCUCAUCCUGAUUGUGGGUUGUGCUUGUCACUGGAAGAACAGGAAAAAGACUUCUGAGGGAACGUAUGAUCUUCCUCACUUGGAUAGCACAGGUAUGUCAUCGCCGUGCAGGACAGCUCAGUUUGCCUGGAUGUGUUUUGUGGACUUACUGUUGCACCUCUGUGCAUCUGUAGCAGACUGGUGGAAAAGCAUGAAGCAGCUACUGCCCUCCAAGAUGGUGGAGACGGAGGAUUCGGUGCGAUACAGCAGCAGUGAAGUCAGCCGGCUAACGGGGAGGGGUGUCGUACCAGGGCUACAUGCUGAACCUGCAGAAUAUGCCCAACCACUCGUAAGUGGCGUAACAACGUUAGGAGCAAGGUCAACCUUUAAACCAGAUGAUGGGCCUUCCCCAAGAUACUCUGAUCCAGACCUGUAUGACGCCCCCAUCUCUUCAGGUUUAUGCCACGCCUACGCCGAACCCCUGCCAUCUUCAGGAUCCGAAUACGCUACGCCCAUUGUGGUUGACAUGGGUUUGAAGCAGCCCUCGACUUUGUGUAAUUUCAUGGGCGCCAGGCCCGGCUCACUGCAUCCAUGGACAGACAGUGGCCAGUCAGGGAGCACUGCGUAUGAUAGACCCAAAACUUCCACUGAACUUGCCACACCCACUGAGGAUCUGACUUAUCAGGUACCUCAAAAAAGCACUCAAAAGCCAACAGGACAGGGCUGAAAAGCUUGAAUGCACAUGGCCUUAAUCUGCCCCUCACUACCAACGCGACCCAGAGGAUAAAGAUGGGGUUGAGAGCCGUUGAGCUUUGGGCUUGAGUCUUGAAUGAACACUACCUUCGCUUUAGAUUCAUCCGGAGAUGUCUGUUUCCUAAUUGUUUCUGCAUGGCCACAAACAGCUUGUGUAGUGCCAUUAGAGUCCUAUCACUGAAAUCACAAAGAUGAAUGUGCUCGUGCCAGGCGUGAGUCGGAAAUGGAUGAACGGAAAGAGUGGAGGGUGAAAAGAAGAAAGCUGACUACUAUUUGAUAAAGACUUUGUCCCUGUUUUGUGAUUUUUAUUUUUUUUUCUCUUUUUAAAGGUCUUGCAUCCUGUGAAACUGUGAUUUCCAUUCUGCCGCUGUCUGUUACACACUAAACUAGAUCCAACUGAAAUGUACCCGAUGAUUUACAUCCAUCGAAUCUGAGGGUUUUCGUACUGAAUUAAUUGCAUGUUGAGGAGUUCCUCGUUUGCAGCGAGACUCUUGCUUUCCACGGUACGUCUUUGUCUUAUUUUGUUUUAAAAGCAUGACUUGAAAUUGUGUAUAGUUCUAGUAAUUCCAUUACUGCAAUCCUGUUUAAAAACUCAAAUGAUUUAUGAAUAUUUAUUUUUUAUUUCACAUCCUGCUGAUAAGGAGAGAUUCUUUAAUAGUAAGCAUCCCGCCACUCAGUAACGCGCUGUUGUCGACACCUGACUGACAGUAAAUUUUGUUUUAUAGAUGUAUAAAAGAGAAGGUCAGGAGAAUCAAUCCAGUGAACGUCCAAAAAUCCUUUGAAAAUACUCUUUUUGUAGUAUUGGGAGACCAAAUGUUGCCUUUUCUGUGUUUAUGCAAUGUUGAUUCACAACAGAGCCGACUUUCACAAUCGUGCCAACAUCCCAAGUUUAGCCAAAUAAACAUUUGCGCAGUCUUAAAACUGAUUUUUUUUUUCUGUUUUCUACAUUGUUGGAUGAAACAAAAAAGGUACAAGUAUAAUGCGGUAGAUGAGCAAACAUGUUACAGCUGUGAUAACUUUAUAGUUUGUGUGUUUCUUAGAUCGCGUUUUGUGGAUCGUGGUGAUUGUCUGGUGAUGAAAUUGGGUGUUGUGACUUGUUCCAUUAUUCGUAUCUCUGUGCAUCAGUGUCUGUACGUGCGUAAAGCUGUCGUCAUAUUUUGGCCUUGUGGGGUUUUUGGACAAUUUACAGUGUGGCUUAUAGUAGGACGUCGUCUGUAGCACCGAUAGACCUGCGUUCCUCUCCCUCGCCUGUGCUACUCAUGUGGAGGAGAAAUGCAGAACAAGCUGCUUCAUAUCUUUUACAGGAACAGCAACCUGAUCCUAAAGGUGUUGUUCCAACAGCUGUGCCACUGUCACGCUUUGAUCGUGCUCAGUAACCAGUUUUCCAGAGCUCCAGGUGCUCCCUGGUCACAGAAGGGUUGAGUUUAUGUGGCUCUCACUGAUUGUAUAUAGAAAUAAAGAGUUUUUAAAAUAAAA